GCUCACGUGGCCAACAGAAAGCAACAGUAACAGCAACAGGAGCGAGAGGAGCAGCGCCUAUCUGUGUCCGUCUGUUUGCGGUGGUGAUGAGUUGGUGUUGAUGGUGGUGGUGAAGGUGGUGGUGAAGGUGUUUACGUGCGGUGGUUGUGGUGAGCGGUUAUCAUCACCCAGCUAACGGUAACAGCAACAGCGUCAUCUGGUGUUGAAGUGGUGAUGAUAUGGUGUUGAGUUGGUGGUGGAGGUGUCUUACGUGUGGUGGUGUUCGCCUGACAUCACCGUGACGACAACAAUAUAACUGUAUAUAACAGCAGCGUCAUCUGGUCUAGUGGUGAUGACAGUGGUGUUGACGGUGGUGUUGAAGGUCUCUAUACGUGUGGUGGUGAUGACAGCAAAGUGGUGACCGCAUAACACCGUAACACCACCAAGAUAACGGUAUACAAAGGCACAGCGUCAUCUGGUGUUGAAGUGGUGAUGAGUGGUGUUGAGAGCGUGACCCAACAGCAACACCCACAGAAGAAGCAUCAGGGGGUGUUUGGUGUUGACGCUCGAGCAUAACAAGAGGAGGAGAGUCAGCUGGUUGUGGUGGUGGUGGUGGUUGUGUUGACAGUGCAAAGUGGAGGUGACAAGUGGAGUUGAGACCGUGAGAACCGCCCAUCGUAACACCAAAAGGAGGGAGUCAGUGUUUUGGAGGUGACAAUCACGCCCUUGACCAUAACACCGGCACAACCGACAUGAGGUAGUGGUGUUGAUUAGUGGUGUUGAGAGCCUCCCAGCGUAACACCAGCACGAGAUAGCUAACAUUUUGGAGGUGACAUUAGUACCCUUGAAACCAUAACACCACCAGGAUCGACGGGAGUGGUGUUGAGAGCCUCCCAGCGUAACACCAGCACGAGAUAGCUAACAUUUUGGAGGUGACAUUAAUACCCUUGAAACCAUAACACCACCAGGAUCGACGGGAGUGGUGUUGAGAGCCUCCCAGCGUAACACCAGCACGAGAUAGCUAACAUUUUGGAGGUGACAUUAGUACCCUUGAAACCAUAACACCACCAGGAUCGACGGGAGUGGUGUUGAAAGCCUUCCAGCGUAACACCAAGACGAGAUAGCUAGCAUUUUGGAGGUGACAUAAGUACCCUUGAAACCAUAACACCACUAGCAGGAACAGGAGGUGGUGGUGUUGAGGGUGGUGUUGACAAGUGGAGGUGCCGGUGGUGGGUCCCAUGUGGGUGGUGAUCGUGGCCCCCUGGCUGGUGCUCCUGCUGUACCUGACCUUCCUGCUGGUGGACGUGUAGGCGGGACGCAGCAGGGGCAGGAGGAGGAGCAGAAGGAAGGAAGGAGGUGGAAGCUAAAGUAGGAAGAAGAAAAGAAGAAAGAGACGAGAGUAGGAAGGAAGGAACGAAGGAAGGACCAAGGGGAGGAGAGGAGAGGAAAAAGGAAAGGAAGAAAGGACGGAGAAGGAGAAGACAAACGUAGGAAGGAAGAAAGGAAGGAACUGAAGGAAAAGACAAGCGUGCGAAGGAAGGAAGGAAGGACAAGGAAGAAGAGGAGGCAGUGGGAUCAGAAAGAAGGAAGAAGCAAGAGGUGUAGACGAGAGAAGGAAGGAAGGAGGAGACGAGACCAGGAGGGAAGGAAGGACAAGGAAGAGGAGGAGGAAGAGGGAUCAGAAAGAAGGAAGAAAGGAAGAACCAAGAAGAGUAGACGAGAGAAGGAAGGAAGGAGCAGAAGGAGGAGACGAGACCAGGAGGGAAGGAAGGAAGGAAGGACAAGGAAGAGGAGGAGGAAGAGGGAUCAGAAAGAAGGAAGUAAGAACCAAGAGGAGUAGACGAAAGAAGGAAGGAAGGAAGGAGCAGAAGGAGGAGACAAGACCAGGAGGGAAGGAAGGAAGGAGACAAGACCAGGAGGGAAGGAAGGAAGGAAGUGAAGAAGGAAGCAGAAGGAGGAGGAGGCUGAGUAUCGAUCCUGCCGGCGUGCCUCCCGCGUGCCCCGCCCCCAGCGCCGCCUCCUGCGUGUGUGCGUGUGUGUGUAGGAUUGUCGAGGCCGUGUGCGUGUGCGUGCGUGUGUCAGUGGAGGGUCGCGGCUCAGCACGCCCGCGGGCCGCCAUGAGCUGUGCCCCGCGCCUGGCCUGCCGCCCCUGCACGCCCCCUCACGCCCACUGAAAGACGCCCUGCCUUCCCUACCAUGUCCGUGAUGAUGAGCUUCAACGGCGUAGGCGGCGGAGGAGGAGGUGUGAGUGGAGGUGCUGGAGGAGGACUCAGUGGUGGUGGUGGUGGUGGUGGUGGUGGUGCAAGCAACAGUGACGGUGGUGGUGGUGUUGGCGGCGGCGGCGGCGGCGCUGGUGGGGGUCUCGUCCCUACCACGGAAAUCUUAUACCAAGACAGUGAGUGUGUCCUGACGCCCCCAGGCCCGCUGCCCGCCCCCAUGGAUGACUCCCCCGCCCUCAGCCCCAGCCUCGACCCCCUGCACUUCCCGGACUACCCCCUGUCGCCCCCCGCGGUCUCCCCCAGCACUAGCAGUGGCGGCGGCGGCGGCGGGGAGGGGGGCCGAAGCAGGAGCAGGCGCCGAAGGACUCCCCCGAAGGCCAAGUUUGACAUCAACGACAAUUCUCUGUACUCCGUCUACUGCUUCUUCAAGAGUCUGCUCAGGUGUGUGUGGGGGGGAUCAUGA